AUGCCUCCUACUCUCUUCCUCCUCGGUGCGACUGGGUACAUUGGUGGGGAUUUCCUUUACCUGGUGAACGAGAAGCACCCCGACUGGAUUAUCACGGCCUUAGUUCGCAACAGUGACAAGGGCGCGACUGUAGCCAAAGAAUAUCCUGCUGUUCGUCUCAUCUAUGGAGACCUCGACUCCGCGGAACUCAUCGAGGAAGAGGCAUCCAAAGCAGAUAUUGUUCUCAAUUUCGCAAACUGCGAUCACGAAGCGGCUGCUACUGCUAUUGUGAAAGGGCUUGGUCGCUCCUCAAAGCAACAAGUCUUCUAUAUCCACACUAGCGGCACAGGUAUCCUAACUGCGGAGACCUUUGACAAGGAUGCCUUUGGCGAUGAGCUAACCAAAUCAUACGAUGACUGGGAUGGCAUCAAGGAACUCUGGUCGCUUCCGGAUCAUGCACUCCACCGUAAAGUGGACAAAAUUGUUCAGGGCAGCUGGUCUGACAAGCUCAAGUCCGCCAUCGUCUGCCCUCCUACUAUCUAUGGCCAGGGACGAGGGCCUGACAACCAGAGAUCCGUCCAAGCCGACAGAGCCACUGCAUCGAUGCUUAAGCAUCAGAAAGGUUGGACGGUCGGAAAGGGCAAGAACGUGUGGCAUCAGAUUCAUGUCCAUGACUUGUCGGAUCUCUACCUCCACAUAGCUGAGGCGGCAGCGAAUGGUGGCGCCCCCGCCACCUGGAACGAUCAAGGAUACUAUUUGGCUGAGAAUGGAGAAUUCGUCUGGGGCGACAUUGCCAAGGCUAUCGCAAGAGAUGCUCACUCCAAGGGAUUGUUGCCAUCACCUGACGCAGAAGGCUUGUCAACAGAGCAAAUUCAACCGUUGUUUGAAGGAGGACAGUACUAUGUUGGUACCAAUUCGCGAGGAGUGUCAAAACGUGGAAAGCAGCUCUUUGGGUGGAAGCCACACCGUCCAUCCCUUUUGGCCUGGGUUCCUAGUCUUGUCGACAGAGAGGCAAGGACUCUGGGACUGACUGAAGGGCAUGCCGCCAAGGUUGCAGCUUGA